AUGAUUACUGCACACCUUUGUCAAAUACCGGUUGAACGCAUACAUCCACAUCACCAAUGCCAGCUUCGAGACUGCGUAUCUCUGGAAGUCGUCAACGGAUCCAUCCUGACUUGGCUUUAUCAGCAGCUCAAGGUCAUCAGGAAUGGCAGGCGGGUACUUCUCGAGACUCUUCUUGCCUGGCCGGUGUGCAUAGCUGGAGAGAAGGACUACGCGGCCGCCAUCAGAUUGAAACUUGCCGACGAGUCACAACACCAGUGCUACGUGGCUGAGAUAUGUCAGCGAGAAGCUCUUCUCAUCUUCAUCUUCAGUGGCUUCCGCGCCGCACAGCAUAUUCCAGUAAUAGGCGCUGCGAGUAAUGCUGGUCAGAGGUGGGAGCCUGCCGUCCACGAUCUCAGUGGUUAUGGUGCUGGCGAACUCGUGAACGGAUGA